UUCUUCAUCUUCAAACGUAGUAGAAGAGAAAUUGAUGGUCACAAAUCUCCCAACUCUCCCAGAAAAAGAAUAAUGCAAUUAGUUUCAAAUCCCCUCUCCCCUGUUCGCCUAAUUUUGUCACAAAUAUUCCUAACAUCAUUCUUGUGUGUGGAAGCAACAUGCCGAACCUCCUGCGGCAGCAUUCCGAUUCAUUACCCUUUCGGCAUAGACGACGGCUGCGGCAGCCUUUAUUACCGGAACCUCCUUUACUGCACAAAUUCUGACAAAUUAGAGCUCCGAACACCCACCGGAACAUACCCUGUUUCCACCAUUAGCUACUCCGAUCCCUACAUCCUAAUCUCCGACCCAGAUAUGUGGGCCUGUCAAGACGGUCAAAAUUUCCGCCCCACCCGACCCUUCAUUCUCGACCCGGAAACCCACCUCUCUGUUUCCCCGCUAAACGAUUUCCUCUUCUUCAACUGCAGCGAACAGAACGUGAUGAUUGCGCCCAAGCCGGUGUUCUGCGGGCGAUUCCCGGACCGGUGCGACGCGUCGUGUGACAGUGCGAGUUAUUUGUGCACGCACUUGCCAGGGUGUGAGACGGCGCUGGGGGAGAGUUCAUGCUGCUCGUAUUCACCGAAGGCGGUGGAUUCAUUGAAGAUGAUGGUUAAGUACUGCGGUAGCUACACAAGCGUGUAUUGGAGGAGCGUUGGAGAUGGAGAUAAUAAAGAUCAGAUUGCUGAAUAUGGGAUUCGGAUUGAUUUUGAUUUUCUUGUUACAACUACUUGUCUUGGUUGUCAAGAUGUUUUGAAGGGCGGUGGGUCGUGUGGAUUUGAUGUUGAAACGCUUCAGUUCUUGUGUAUUUGUGAUGGUAACAAUAAUGUCACUACUUAUUGUCAAGAUCAAAGCAAAUCUAGUGUUAGCAAUAAGCACCGAAUAAUUGCAGGGACAGUGAGUGCGGUAUCAGCAGCUGGGGCAUUGGGAAUUGCAGCAACUAUCUUGUUUGUCAAGAAACUGAAGAAGGCCAACGCACCCGUCACAUGUGGAGUUCAAACUAACGACAAUAGGCUUUUUUGAUUUUCAAAUUCAAAUACACACUUCUAAUUCUCUUUCACUUUCUCUCUUUAUUUCUUCUCUUUCUAUUCAAUACAAACUUCUUUUUCUCCCUUUUGGGAAAUGGUCUCAAAUGACAUUAAUAUUCACAUUUUUUGAAGUU